AUGGAUCUACAGUUAUUAUCUACUACUGAUGUUAUUAAAUGGAUAUCACAAUUUUUAGAAAAUGAUAUUGUUAAAAAAUUUGAAGGUUUCCCCUAUCCUAAGACAGAAAUUGGUAGCAAAGUUAUCAGUAGUGGCUGCGCCAGGGAACAAUAUAUCGAUGGACCAACUCUAUUGUUGUUGGAUUCUGCUAAAAAAGUUGAAAGUCUUAUACCAAAAUUAAAACAGCAACUGUUAUUUCUCAAACGUCGUGAAGAUCUAUUAGAAGGAAUAGAAGAUAUGACAUUCUUAUUUCAUGAAGAAAUAGCUGCACACAGCAAUCGAGUUCAAUUGACGACGUUUCAAGUCCUUUCGUCGAACUACCAACGACAACAAUCACAACAACAACACAAAUGA